AUGACGUCAAAACCAGAAGACGUCAAAAGCGAAAUCAACGUUCGUGUGGCGAAACGAAACGACGCGGUACGGUACUCGGUGAUGAGUUUCAACGGAAUGGACAAGGUCGACACAUCGAAAUGGACGAUGGAGAGCGGGGUGACGAUGGAGCGAGAGGAUAAUCAGAGAGUCGUCAUGGCGACACAGUCGGUUCAGGAAUACGGAGAAGGCUCGGAGUACGGUAAAGCGGCACGCGAAGAGGCACGCCGCAAGAAGUUCGGUCGCCAAUCGAAAAGCUACAAAUUGGACAAUCAACCAUGGAAACUGUCAUUCAAAGAGCCCGAAGGCCGUCAACGACAAAUGCGCGGAAUCCGAGAGGGCGGAGCCAACGAGCACGCCGACUAUUGGGUCUUCAUGAAGCCGCCGGGCAAUUUCAGCGAAUUCAAGGCGUAUAAAGUCGAUGAAUGGCAUAAAUUCUUGCCGGCAAUCACUCAUAAAACGCUGGAUAUCGAUCAGGCUGAGGAGCAGUUCUCGCAGAGGAAUAAGGUUAUGAACCAGUUCGCACUGAAAGCGGCUAUACAGAAUCAGCUGAAUGCGGCGGAUGAGGUGGAGAUGUCCGAGCAACAGAAGAGACUGCUGAAGAUUAAGGACGAAGGAAGCUCGGACGAUUCAGAUGACGGUGACGAUGAAGGAGAAGGUGGUGGUGAGGAUGGAAAGAAGAAUAACGGAAAGAAUAAGAAGAAGAAGAAGAAGAAUGUGAAGCCGGCGAAGGAGAAGCGACAGAGAGUCGAGAAUAGUGACGAUGUGGCUAAAUACGAGUCAUCUGACGGCGAGGAUGAGGGACGCGAGUACGACUACAUUUCGGACAGUGGAACCGAUUCUGACCGCGAACAAGUCCCAUCCGACGAGAAAAUCGAGAAGCAACUCGUCGGCGUCGCCGAGGAGGAGGGCGCUCGUAAGCUGUUCGACACGGAUUCCAGCGAGUCGGACGACGACUUGGCCAAAAAAUUGCUGAACAAAGACGACAAACGAAAAGGAGGGAACGAUGUCGAGGAGCGCGACUCGUCGGGAUCGGAUUCCGACGAUCCGGACACCGAGAAAAUUGAAUCUGUGGUGUUUUUGAAGGCGAACAAGGAUGCGGAGGGAAGCUCGUCGGGAGGAGGCAAGAAACGACCGUUGACAGAGGAUUCAGAUGUGAAAGUGGACGGGGGAAGUGAUGCCAAAAAGCCGAAAACUGCUGCGAAAUUCGAGGAGGGGCUUAACGAGGAGACUGUGAGAAGAUAUCUUCGUCGCAAACCACAUACCACCAAGGAACUGCUCCACAAGAUGAACGGAAAAUGCGGUGAAAUGAGCAAAUCGGAGAUGGUGAUGAAGUUGGCGACGAUCCUCAAAGCCAUCGAACCCCAUCAAACACGGCAGCUGAAGGGCAAGAAGGAGGUGCUGUUCUUCUCGUUGGCCAACACUGUCGCUUGA